AUGGUGCGGGGGAAAGUGGAGCUUCGGAGGAUCGAGAACCCGGCGAGCCGGCAGGUGACCUUCUCGAAGCGGCGGAGCGGGCUGAUGAAGAAAGCUCGCGAGCUGUCCGUACUGUGCGAUGCCGAAAUCGCAGUCAUCGUCUUCUCCCAGCGAGGGAGGCUCUCCGAGUUCUCUAAUCACGAAAUGCAGAAGACGAUAGCUCGGUACCAAAAGUAUGCAGGAGUUGAAGUCGACAAGAGAGAUACAAAUUACUGCAUUCAGCAACUGAAGCAAGAAUCCGCUUCUAUGUCCAAGAAGAUUGAGCAGCUUGAGGCCUCCAGAAGGAAGCUCUUAGGGGAGCAGUUGGGGUCGUGUUCCCUGGAAGAGAUCCGGGGCCUGAGCGAGCAGUUGGAAAGAAGCUUGUCAAACAUCAGGCUCAGAAAAGAUCAAAUGUUCAUAGAGCAGAUGGAACAGCUAAAGUUACAGGAAAAGGAGUUGCUAGAACAGAAGGCGACUUUAUGUGAAAAGUGCCGUGAGAAGCCACGGGAACCGGCAAGAUGGGAGGCAGAUCGCGAGAUGGCGGCGGCGACGGCCGGAAGCAGCGUGGGAUUCAGCAAUGAAAGUUCGACGGUGGUGGAGACGACAUUGUCGAUCGGACUACCGACGGCGGCAACACAUUGUGGUUUGAAGUAG